CCGCUAACCCUACCUUUGUAGGCCAUCGCCGGUCUAUGCCCAUGUCUAUCGGUUCUAUCAGACCAUCACUAUGCAUCUGAGCACCUGCCGAACAUUGGACCGUCCAAGGGUCCACAGACGAGUGCCCACCCGGGCUCCCCCAAGGAACAGCUCCACAUCAACCCCGGCCUCGAAUAGCGGGUCAAAGAUAGCAAGAGAUAGCCAGAGGACAAUACCCUCCCAGAUCGUCGGGAAAUAGCGUCGGAGCGAUAAACAUGCGGGAUACUGUAGAAGCAGGCUGAUAGCAAGGCGUGGCUCCAGGGCACCUUGAACAUUGCCACCUCCCCAAGGACCCUGGCUCUGGUGCUGCUAUUGAAUAUAAAUAUAUCGGCAUCACUGCCGAAUACUGAUCUACGCCCUUAUUCCUCAGAUCCUUACCAUGGCGGACAUUGAGAAGACCCCGCAAGCGGACACCAACACUCCUUCACUCCACGGAUCCGCGACUGGAGAUAUCGCUAUUCUUCACGAACGUCAAGUGGAGCACAUUGAUAUCGGCCUCGGACUAUACCAGAAGUCUCUCCAGUACGACCCUGAGCAGCUCGCCCGCGAUGCUCUCAAAGUUCGACGAAAGCUCGAUUGGCUGGUGCUCCCCAUGCUUUGCGGCACCUACUUGAUCAGUUUCCUCGACAAGCAGACUCUCAACUAUUCGAACGCAUAUGGCCUGCAGGAGGAUACUCACAUGAAAGGCGAUAACUAUUCCUGGGUGGCUUCAGGCCAGUACUUCGGCACAAUGUUAGGCGCCUAUCCGGCGAACUGGGCGCUGCAGAGAUUUCCUGUCGGCAGACUUCUGGGUAUAAUGUGCUUCGUCUGGGGUAUUGUCUGCAUGCUCCAGGCCGCUGUGUUCAACUUCGGCGGCUUCAUGGCAAUCCGGAUCGUCAUGGGCUUCGUCGAAGCUUGCGUCUCCCCGGCUUGCGUCCUGCUCACCAUGAGCCUGUGGACGCGCGAAGAGCAGCCCUGGCGAUCCAACUUCUGGAUCGGAACGAACGGAGUCGCUAGUAUGAUCGGUGCGCUCCUUGCAUGGGGGCUCGGUCAUGCUACCGGUCUUGCGGUCCCCAACUGGAAGCUUAUAUACCUCGUCGUUGGAGCAAUGACUCUCGGAUGGGCUGUAGUCAUCACCCUAUAUCUACCAGACGGCCCUCACAAUGCGAAGAUGCUCACCGAGUACGAGCGCGUCGUUGCCGUCUGGCGCAUCUCCAAGAACAAGACGGGCGUCAAGCACAGCAAACUACUCCCAUACCAGAUGAAAGAAGCUCUCUUGGACCCAAAGACGUACCUUGUCCUGUUAUCCGGCAGUGCCCUUGGCAUACUCAACGGCUCCGUCACUACCUUCAUGAGCACGCUCAUCAAAGGCUUCGGCUUCGAUUCCUUGAAGACUAGCCUAAUGCAAAUGCCGGGCGGCGCUGUAGAAGUGGUGUGGUGCUUCUCGUUCGGCUACAUCAGCACGUUAGAGAACAUGAUGGGUGCAUCACUCCUGCUUGGUUGUGUCCCCGGCUUCGCUGGCCUUGUUGGGCUCUUGACUAUUGAUCGGACCAAGCGCUAUAGCCUCCUAGCAUGUGCAUGGAUACAAAGCGCCCUCGGCUCACCGAUCGUUCUGAACUGGCAGAUCCCCGGUUUCAAUGUAUCAGGGCAUAGCAAACGCACAGUCGUCCAAGCUAUGCAAUUCGCAACCUUCGCAGCCGGUAACGUGGUAGGACCACACCUCUUCCUCCCCAGGGAAGCGCCUAAAUACAAGUCGGCUAUCACGGGUCUCCUCAUUUGUUACUGCAUUGCCAUGCUCUUGCAGGUUAUAUACAUGGGUCUUUGCUUCGUCGAGAAUAGGAGGAGGGAUGCGAAGGGCUAUCGUGCGCAGACAGAAGAGGAGGCAAGGGAGGGUUUUGAGGAUCGGACUGACCUGGAGAACAAGCACUUCAGAUACCGGAUAUAAGUUAAGUUAUCUCCAGCCUCAGUGGGGACCCAUGUAGGAGGGCUGUUAGCGUUGGCAUGGGUGUGUCUAUCGCACAUGAUUCGCAUCUUGGCUACCCCACCUCAUUCCUAUCCACCCAUGCAUUCUUAUCAAC